AUGUCAGCCGGUGACAGCGACGUCCAAGACCAACUGGCCCGAGAGAGAGACCAACUGGCCCGAGAGAGAGACCAACUGGUUGAAGAGAGAGACCAACUGGCCCGAGAGAGAGACCAACUGGUUGAAGAGAGAGACCAACUGGUUCGAGAGAAAGACCAACUGGUUGAAGAGAGAGACCAACUGGUUCGAGAGAAAAAACAGCUGGUUGAAGAGAAAGACCAACUGGUUGAAGAGAGAGACCAACUGCGUCAGGUUAAAGACCAGCUGACAAAGGAGAAUGAAGAGCUACAGGCCGAUAAUAGCCGCCUGACUGUAGAACAAAGGGUGUUAAAUGAGAAGGUCACUGAACUACAAAAGAAGAUAGAGGAUCUUGUGUGGGAGCGAAAUACCCCAAGAUGUCCCCAGGGAUGGAAAACAUACAUGUCCACAUGUUAUCAGCAUUCCUCUGUGAGAAACACCUGGGAGUACGCCAAUCAAAACUGUGCAAGCCAAGGAUCUCAUCUGGUGAUCUUCAAUGAUGAAGCAGAGGAGAAACUGGAAUUAUCAGAACAACAUUAA